AUGCUGAGCCUCGUCAAGCACAGACUGGAGAAGCACCCCCAGGGUCGUCGAGCUUUGAAACCUGCACACAGACUGGCCAUCACACUGAGGUACCUGGCGUCCGGUAGUUACCUCAGCAGUGUUGCAUACAGCUUCCGGAUUGGCUUCACGACAAUCAAAAGGAUUGUGUAUGAGACAUGCACGGCGCUGUGGGAAGAGCUGAUGCCAAUCUACCUUCCCGAAUGGCAAUUUUCAGACCGGUGGCUAAUUGUUGCUACUUCACAGAACCCGUCACCAGAUGUGUGGGCCCAGUCAGCGAAGCAGUUUGAGGAAAGAUGGUCCUUCCCAAACUGCAUUGGGGCUGUGGACGGAAAACAUAUCAUCAUUGAAGCCCCACACCGUGCAGGGUCCAUGUUUUACAACUACAAGGUGGGCUCCCACUCCAUCGUCCUAAUGGCCGUAGCCGAUGCUAAGUACAAGUUUUUGUAUGCGGACAUCGGGGCAUAUGGGUCCCAGUCUAACGGCAGGGUUUUUAAAUCCUGCUGGUUGGGCAAAGACCUCGAAGCUGGUCGCCUCGGACUCCCAGCAGCAAGGAGGCUUCCUGGUUCGUCCUUGGAGGCCCCUUACGUUUUUGUGGGAGACGAGGCCUUUCCGCUGCGCCCUGACUUCUUGCGGCCCUUUCCAGGUGCCGACCUCAAUGACACCAAGCGUGUGUACAACAUACGGCUGUCACAUGCUAGGCGGUGUGUAGAGAAUGCCUUUGGCAUCCUCGCAUCACGGUGGCGGAUAUUCAGGCGACCCAUCAAUGUGAAGGUGGAAAACAUGGACCUUCUGGUGCAAGCCUGUGUUGUUCUGCACAACUUUCUCAGGGUUCAGGAGGAGACAGCACCAGGCAGGGAAGCGUACUGUCCACCAGAACAAAGGUUGCACAAACAAGCUGCUUACCAACUAAGCUGGUACAAAAAGGUACAAAACAAGGGUAUUCCAGAACAAUAA